GACAAGCAUGCGGGACACGCUCGGGCGGGGCCGAGCUCUAUAUAACGUUUGAGGGCGAACACAAGGGACACACAUACGCUCAGCCACUGCUGUGAGAAAAGAGAGACACUACUAAAUGGAAGAUCUGGUGAUUCAACAUGUCAACCCGGAAAAAUCUGAAAACCUGGAGAGACACAGGACAGAGGACUUCGGCGGCUCCAAGUCGCUGGUGGUGCGAAGAGGAGCCGCGUUCCGGAUCAGUGUGCAGCUGGGGGGUCGACCGUUCAACCCCAAGACCGACUCGCUCAGGGUCAAAGUGAUGCUAGGCCGCCUAUAUGUGACAAUGCCUGUCACGUUCGCCAAGAAGGUUUCCUCCUCCCGUUGGAAAGCCUACAUCGACCCAGAGUGCCUGGACCCCCAGAGGCCCUCCAUCUUCAUCUCGUCUCCUGCCUCGGCCUCGGUGGGAUGCUACAGGUUUCAGCUGUGUGUGGCCCCGCGGGCCGGCCGACAGACACGCGCGUUCGGCAGGUUCACCCUGCUCUGCAAUCCCUGGUGCCCUGAGGAUUCGGUGUACAUCCCCUUUGAGGACCAGAGAGAGGAAUACGUCCAGAAUGACUCCGGGCUGCUGUUCAUGGGGACAGCGAUGAACCUUGUGUCGAGACCGUGGUCCUUUGAUCAGUACGAGCCCGGCGUCCUGGAGACAUGCCUGAAUCUGCUCCAAGUCAGCCCUCAGCACCAGAACAACAGAAGAGCGGACUACCUGAAGCGAAGCAGCCCCGUCUACAUCAGCCGGGUCGUGUCCGCCAUGAUCAACUGCGAGGACGACCGCGGAGUCCUGCAAGGGAACUGGUCCAACGACUUCAAGAAGGGAGUGAAUCCGUCCGUGUGGACGGGGAGCGGGGACAUCUUGCAGCAGUGGGCCCAGUCGGGGCACAGCCCGGUCAAGUACGGACAGUGCUGGGUGUUCGCAGCUGUCAUGUGCACAGUCAUGAGAGUUCUUGGCGUUCCUUGCCGCGUGGUCACCAACUUCAACUCCGCUCACGACACCAACGGCAACCUGGUGAUCGAGGAGUACUACAGCGAAAAGGGGGAGAAGCUGAGCCACAGCAAAGACAGCAUAUGGAACUUCCAUGUCUGGGUGGAGUGCUGGAUGACUCGGCGCGAUCUGGGCUCUGGGAUGGAUGGCUGGCAGGUUCUGGACCCAACCCCUCAGCUCAGGAGUGGAGGGGUGUUCUGCUGCGGCCCGUCUCCGGUCAAAGCGGUCAAGGAUCGGCGCAUCGACCUGCUUUACGACGUCCCCUUUGUCUACGCCGAGGUGAACGCGGACGUCCACAAGAUCAUAAUGAGCCGGGGUCGCGUGCUCAGCCUCAGCAGGGACACGGAGAACGUCGGCGCCUUCAUCUGCACCAAAGCCGUGGGCUUCCCCCGACUCCAGAACAUCACGGGCGACUACAAAUCCAUCAAAAGCCCGACUUCCACCCUUUCAUCGAGAAGCUCCACAGUGUCAGAAGUCUCGACAUUGAGUAGAGGCUCAUCUGAGGGAGUUCUAGUCUUCCUGACCCUGGACAAAGCUCCGGUUGCCGGGGAGCCCGUCCGCUUCACCGUCACAGUCAAGAACAAACGGCGCGCGGCCAAGAGCCUGAAGGUGCAUCUCAACGCCCAGGCCAAAGAAUACAACAACAGCCCCUCAGACACCUUCUGGGAAACACACGGCAUCGUCCAACUGGCAGCCAUGGAAGUCAAGGUUCUGCCCCAGCAGAUCCUCCCGGCACAGUAUGAGGACGUGGUGGGAGACAACCUGAUCAACCUGGCAGUAGUCCUGGAGGACAUGGCCACCGACGAGCGGGUCCUGGCCUCAGAGGAGUUCAACAUCGCCGCCCCCCAGCUCAGCAUACAGAUUGCAGAUGAAGACUCUGUGGUGCAGAACAAGGAGCAAACCGCGCUAGUGACCUUCACCAACACCCUAUCCCACAUGGUGGGUGGAGUACUGACCGUGGCCGGCGCCGGGCUGAUCCAGGGCAAGAUUCACUUCAGGAUGCUCCCGCUGCGUCCAGGAGGAAGAGUGGAGCAACGCAUCACUUUCACCCCCAGCAUGGCGGGAACGAAGAUGCUGCAGGCGAGCAUGUCACUGACAAAAGUCAGCUCCACCAUCAGGGGCUUUAAGAUGGUCUUUGUCCACAAAGCUUAGAUCCUUUUGGUCAUAUUCUUUUUGUCACAGUCGAGUUUGUGCCUUACAAACAUCUUUUUAUCUAAGUCUCCCGGGCUGAGGUCAACAUGGCAACGGUGCGGCAGUAUCACAUCCAGGUUACUUAUUUUGCUGUUGCUUUGUAUGAUUUAAAUGUGAAUGUAAAUUACACUUAUGUAUUUUGAUAUUUAUUUUGGUAUUUAUGCACAUGUUUGAGCCAUGAACAUCAACCCUGCUACUUGAAAAUCCACGUAAUUACUUGAAACAGAAAAAGAUAACGUUUGAUGAAAUGUUGUAAUCUUUUGGAAAAAUAAAAUGAAUGUGUUUAAACCUA